AUUGUUCAAUUUGAAAAGCUGAGCGAUGAUGUGAGAAGAACAGAGAUGAGGAGGAGGAGGAGCAGCAGCAGCAGUAGUGCUCGUCACGCUGGUGAGGAAGGUUGUCUGCUGUUCUCCCGUCUCUCUCAGAUUUAACUGCAAUCAUGUCGAGUGAGUUUGUAAGUUUGGAACAAUGUCUGGAAACCCACAUCCCUGAGCAGGAGCUGAAGGAAGUCAAAAGGAUUCUCUAUGGAGGCGAAGUCCCUCUUCUUACAAUACCAGAGCAAGCUGAAAAAUUAUCUCAGAAGCACAACUUUGAAAUAAAGGGAUACCAGAUUAGUGCAGCCAAGGAAGAUUUAACCUCUCCAAGAAUUGUACGUGUAGGUAUAACUCAGCAUUCCAUAGUAGCUGAGACAACAGCUCCAGUUUCUGCACAGCGUGCUGCUAUUCAUGAGAAAAUUACUCUGAUGACUGAAGCUGCAGCUCUUUGUGGUGUUAAUAUACUUUGCUUCCAAGAACUUUGGACUAUGCCAUACUUUUUCUGCACAAGGGAAAAGCAACCUUGGUGUGAAUUUGCAGAAUGUGCAGUCUCAGGACCAACUACACAGCUUUGUCAGGAGCUUGCUCGAAAGUACAACAUGGUGAUUGUAUCUUCAAUUCUAGAAAGAGAUCACACUCAUGGUGACACGCUAUGGAAUACUGCAGUAGUCAUUAGCAAUACAGGAUAUUACUUGGGAAAAUCCCGGAAAAACCACAUUCCCAGGGUGGGAGAUUUCAGCGAGUCCACCUACUACAUGGAAGGAGACACUGGCCAUGUAGUCUUCCAGACCCAUUUUGGUCGCAUUGCUGUCAACAUCUGUUAUGGCCGCCACCAUCCCCAGAACUGGAUGAUGUAUGGUGUAAAUGGAGCUGAAAUUGUCUUCAAUCCAUCUGCUACUGUAGGAGGCCUCAGUGAACCUUUAUGGGGUGUUGAAGCAAGGAAUGCAGCAGUUGCUAACAGCUACUUUGCAUGUGCCAUUAAUCGUGUUGGAGUUGAAACUUUCCCCAAUGAGUUUACAUCUGGAGAUGGAAAAUCAGCUCACAAAAACACCGAUUUCUUCUAUGGAUCUUCGUUUGUAGCAGCACCUGAUGGUUCUCGAACUCCUGGAUUGUCUAGGACUCGUGAUGGACUUCUUGUCUGCGAGAUGGACCUGAAUCUGUGCCGACAAGCAAAAGACAGUUGGGGCUUUAGGAUGACUCAGCGUUUGGACCUUUAUGCAUCAUCAUUGUCUGCUGCCAUCCAGCCUGAUUAUGAACCACCAAUAAUAAAGGACUUGUGCUAAGAACAACAGAUGUAAAAAAAAAUUAAAGUGAGAUGUUAAUUUACUUUGGAGGAAUAUAAUUACUGUAUAUAGAACUAGUUUCUAAAUACAACAACUGUUCUAAAAGCUCAUGCAAGAGCAGAACAAAAGGUAAUACAGUACAUCCAUUUACCUAAAUCAGUAAAUAAGUUAGUUUGGCUUUAUGGGGUUAUCAUAAUUUAAUUAUACAUCAUUUACUAUAUGAAACCAAUUGUAAAGGUUUAAAACUAUAUACUUCAGUGAAUGGUAAAAUUAUUUACUAUUUUUGUAAUGUGAUUGAUAGGGUUUUGUAGUUUGUAAUAUAUUUACAAAAGUAGUUUUAUUAUAUUCAAAAUCCAAUCUUCAAAAAAUUCCCCCCAUUUUUUUUUCCUCAUUUUUCUAAAUUGGUGCUUUUCAUAAAUCAGCAUUACUUGGAUACUGAAUUAUUUCAGAAGUUUUUUUUUUUUUGUGUGUGUGUGUGCGCAUGCGAAUGUACAUGUAUACUGUAUUAGGAUUCGAGUUUGCUCAAGAUUGGAACAUGUGGUUAAAAGAAUAAGUGCUCUGCCUCCCAGAAAUGCUUGAACAAUAAUAUGCUGGUAAGGUUAGGAAUAAUAUCUGGUAAUUCAAACUAUAUUCUUACUCCUAAUACAAAAUUUCAGUGAUAAUAAUAAUUAAUCACAAGGAUAAUUAAUAUUAAUACUAUAGGUUAAGAGGAUUUUGGUUAGUUGAUAAGGAAUGUUAAUCCUAUAUAAGUUUAAUUGCAAACAGAUAGUCCUAUUCUUAGGGCAUUUCUCCUGCAGAUUAGGCAAGUUAUUAAUUUAGAAGUGUAUUUGCUUAUGCUAUUUUUCACUCCAAAUUUUAACUGGAUUAAGUUAAUUUUGUGUGGUAGCUGUUGGCUUUUUACAUUCAUAAAAUAUAAUAUUACUAAAA